AUGGGCAUGGUGACACUUUUUGCUCUCUGUACCAGCAUGGGACUCUGGUCCAGGAUAGCUCCAACAUCUGCCAGCUCUAUCCUGAUAUUGUUUCUUGUGAAACAGGCCAAAGGUUCUCUGCUGGAAAAAACCACUACUGGAUGGAACAAAUACAAACAGGAAUGCCUGAAAAUGCUGCAGGAAUCGUCUGUAGAUAGCGGAGUUCACUGCAAUGGGACAUUUGAUCAGUUUGUUUGCUGGCCUUACUCACCCCCAGGAAAUGUCUCUGUUCCUUGUCCUUCAUAUUUGCCAUGGCUGGAAAAUGGAAGUGUAGGACAUGUAUACAGAGUCUGCUUGGAUGAAGGGAUUUGGCAAACAAAGGAAAAUUCCACAGACAUUUGGCGGGAUAGUUCAGAAUGUUCUGAGAAAAAUCAUUUCCAAAAAAAUGUAAAAGAACAUAAACUGCUCACCACAUUACAGCUGUUGUACACCAUAGGAUAUUACUUUUCUCUUAUCUCACUGGUGUUAGCUCUGCUUAUACUUUCUUUACUCAGAAAACUUCACUGCACAAGAAACUACAUCCAUAUGAAUUUAUUUGCAUCCUUUAUCUUGCGUGCUGCAGCAGUUCUUAUUAAAGACUCUGUGUACAACAAUAUUUACUCAAAAAGACCAAAUGAUGAAAGUGGAUGGAUAUUAUACCUCAGUCCAGAGAUUGUAAUCAUUUGCAGGACUGCCCAGUUUUUCAUGCAUUACUUUGUUGGGGCAAAUUACUUCUGGCUGUUGGUGGAAGGGAUUUAUCUGCACACAUUGUUGAUAACUGUGGUGCUCUCUGAAAGAAGGCUGCUGCAGACAUACAUCGUGAUAGGAUGGGUUGUUCCAAUCCUGUUUGUGGGCCCAUGGGGAAUAAGCAGAUCCAAACUGGAGAACACUGGGUGCUGGGGAACAAAUGAACACAUGGGGAUCUGGUGGAUCAUCCGAGGCCCAAUGUUGUUUUCCAUUGCAGUUAAUUUUGGCAUCUUCUUAAAAAUUCUCAGAAUGCUGAUUUCCAAACUGAAAGCUCAGCAAAUGACCUUCCAUGACUACAAAUACAGAUUGGCAAGGUCUACACUUGUGCUGAUUCCAUUGUUGGGGAUCCACGAAUUUGUGUUUACCUUCAUCACUGAUGAACAGGUGGAAGGACUUUCAAGACAUAUAAGACUUUUCAUUCAGCUGACAAUGAGCUCAUUUCAUGGUUUUUUGGUAGCAGUUCUCUAUUGCUUUGCUAACGGAGAGGUGAAAGCAGAGCUGCAGAAGCAAUGGUCCCGUUUCCUGCUGGCAGACCCCUUGGGCUGCAAGCUCUGCUUUCUAGGGGAAAACAUCAAAUACCUCAGGAAAUGUUCCCAGAAAAGGAAAAAGCAGCAGCUGGGCAGCAGGCAGCACUGCUGCCUGGAGGUGAGCAGGCCCUGGGAGCUGCAGCUGCACAAGGUGCUGGGCAGGCCGGGCGCAGAGGCCAAGGCCGGCCCUGCCCAGAUGAGCAUGUCCGACAGCAGCGAGGGAGAGGUCACCACCGGAGAGACCACCGAGGAAGUCUUUGAGGAAAGUGAAAUUUAGGCAGCUAAAUGCCCCUGGGACAGCGCCUGCCAGCAGCGGGGCUCGGGAAAAACAAGCGUUCAUCUCUCAGCUGCAGGCUGCUCAGGGCUCUGGGGUGUGCUUCAAGGACGAAGCAGUUGAUGGCCCAGGUGUUCCGGUUGUCUCGGGCUGAGAAAAAUGUUAUUUAUCUGGAGGUUGCUAAGCUGCGUGCCUGGGGAGAAGAGGUCUGCUGGAUGCAGCGUUUUUGCUUUCUGUAGCAUCCACAAGGAAGCAGGAUGAACUCUGGAAAACAGGCUCUGGAGACACUGAAGUUUGGUCAGCUUCAUCCGUAUGUGACUGGCUUUGAGUCACAUCAUGAGAAGACAGUUUUUAUUUUUCAUGUGUGGUUCUUAAACAGAGAGACCUGUGGAAGACUCCUUCACAUACCCCAUCUCAAGAAAUCCACCCCAAUUUUAGAACAAACCAGACCAAACAUAUAUAUAUGUAUGUAUGUAUGUAUGUUUAUGUAGCUAUGUAUGAAUGUGCUCCCUGUGGACAGUGACCAAAUUAUCCUUUGUCUCCUUAAAAAGGAAAAAAAGCCCAGAAGUUUCUCUCCUCAAUCUGGUAAAAAGACACCUCAUAGGACCUUUGGGACUUUACCUCAAACUUAAGGAUAGCCAAUUGGACAGAGGCCAAAAGGUCCCACCUAAGCAAUUCACUAGAAAAAGAAGAGAAUAAAGGAAAUAAUCACUUUUGUGAUGUGUUUUAUCAGGAGCAAGAACCUCUUGCCCUGGCUCAGCUUUUCUCUGUAAAGAGUUUUAUUUUGCCUUUUUAUUAAAACUUUUCUGUUUCCAACAGUACCACAGAAGCCAUCCUGCUGAUUUUAUGCCAUCUGAGGUAGAUGAGCUAUCUCAGGUGUAAUACAGAUCUCCAAGAGCUCCUAAGACCUGGCUCAAGGAGACCACAAUAUCCUAUAUAUAUAUAUAUACACACAUAUAACCCAAAAAACAAACUUGGGAAUAACCAAGCUUUUGCUUGCAUUUUUGAGCAUCUUCAAUUAAAGUUUAGUGCUGGAAACAUCAUUAUGAGAUGGAAAGCCAAAAUACUUCUAUGGAAUGUGCCCAAAUGAAAUGUUCUGAUACAAUUUUUUUUACCUUUUUUUUCCCCCCUUUUUUGACACAAGCCACUGUGACUUCUGGUUUGCCCUACAUGUGUCCUUAAUGACAAAACAGUGGGAAGUGCUGCUUCCACCUUCCUCCAGGGGACCCAAAAUGGAUAAAGACAUGGGACUGUGACAGCACCAAGAGUAUUGUGAAAUCAUUCUUCUUCCAUUUAAAAAGAGCCAUGGUGAAGUUUCCUUUCUCACAUCCAAACUCAACCAGAGACCUAUGAAAUGCAAUCAAGUUUGUUAAUAUUCUAUGAUUCUCCUUAUAUAACUUACCAGUGCUUUUAUGAUUAUUUAUCAGGCUACAAAGGUUUAGCCAUGCAACCUGUGCCAUUAAUACUACUUUAUUGCAAAGAACAGAUAAAUUCAUUGACUAGCACUAGUUCAAGAACCUUUUUCUGGCACUUUAAAAAAGUAUUUCUUUUACAGUUCUAUCUGUGUUAACCUAUUUAAUCAAUACCAAGUUGUAUAUUUCAGUGAUAUAUUAAUAAACUGUAAAUGUUUGAUCUAUUUUAAAAUAAUUUAUCUGCAGUUUUUAAAGGGGUUUUUUACUAGAAUGUGAAUUCUGCUUAUAUAGAAUUUUACUGCAAUGGAUUUCUUCAGCAGCCACUGGAAACACCAAACAACACACACACACACUUUGUGUCUUCCUCAAUUUCAAACAGA